UCUUUGCUUCCGAACAAAUGAACUUGACAUUUGGGUUUUAGAGUAAUUUAUUAAUGCAUUUAAUUUAUAUUUCCUUUGUGUCUAUGUGGUUGUAAUGCUGAACUUGACUCUGUUUUAAUUUUACAGGACGAAUAUAAAAUAAUAAAAUGUGCGGAGGUUUUACUUGCUCGAAAAACGCCUUAACGGCGUUAAACAUUCUAUAUAUCCUGGUAGCGUUCAUCCUGAUUGGGGUGGCUGUGUAUGGCCGUACGUCGUCGGCCAUGACUGACCUGCCUAUCAUCGGCGGGAUCCUUGCGUGUGGGGUGUUCCUCAUUCUCGUGUCAAUUCUUGGUCUUAUCGGCGCCAUCAAGCACCAUCAAGUCAUUCUUUUCUUCUACAUGCUGAUACUAUUCCUGUUGUUCCUGGUGCAGUUCAGUGUGGCGUGCGCUUGCCUCGCUGUCAAUCGCGAGCAGCAGAAGCUGUUGGCCGAGGACGGCUUGAAAACUAUGACAUUAGCAACCAAAAGCAAAGUGGAGAAAGCAUUCAACUGCUGUCUUGUGGAAAGUAUAAAAGUGGGCAACACAACAAUAUCACCGCUGAACCCUGCAUGUAAUGGCUCUUUGCCAUCAUGCACGGAGAAACUGCAGGAUACCAUCAACUACGCUUUCAAGCUGUGUGGAGGGAUCGGUAUGUUCUUCAGCUUCACUGAGGUGAUAGCGGCGGUCGUUGCUUAUAGAUAUCGAAACCAGUUCCCCAGACAUGAUAAAACAGCAAGUGCCAUUAUUCCAAAGCCCACUUAUAUGUACUAGCAUUUUUGUCAACUUUUAUGUGUUAUGAAUUUGUGGUGUUGCCGCAACAGUUGAUGUAAGCAGUUUUACAGUCCUAUUUGAUUUUACUAUUAUUAUUAUUGUUAUGAUUUUUAUUGUUACUUGUUAAAUAAUAUAUUUUUGUUUAGUAACAACUUAUGAACAAAGAAUCUUCCAAAUCAAAAUAUCAUGCAGAUAUUUGAAACUUUGGUGUGGUACGGUAGUGAUUUGGGAAUCAUGUGUGCAUGCAUAUAUAUUACUUUUAAACUUCAACUAUUGAAAACUCAAGUUUUUCUCAAAAGAUGUCAGCAUAUAGAACAAGUGUGUAGUAACACAUAGUGUUUGCAUUCUUUUCCAAGUAUGUCAGAAUAUUAAAUGCCUUGCUUGUCAUGCACUAGUACAGUGACACUGAUAAUGUGUAGUCAACGCUGAACACUACUUUUCCUUACAAAAUGUUUAACGUAAUUUACUCAGGGGCUUUUUUGUAAUUUGAUCCAUUAAGUCUGAUUAAUGUUUCUAUGUAAAGUUUGUAGCCACUAAUGUAUAGUGCUGUGAGGGGAUUUUGAACGGAACUAGGAAUCAAUUAUGUGGGACUGAAUUUGGCUUUGGGAAGUAGGCUGUCCCCAUUGCAAACAAUAUUAGACUGCGUAUAGGUUGUUUUGUAGAUUUGAAAUUCAGUGACGGGCUAUUAUGUGAAGUCACGACUCGGCUGUUGCGUUAACACUUGCAACUAAGUUAUGUACAUGGUCAUAACGCUUAGUUAGUUGUUCUUGUGACUUGUCUUGUUUAUAUAAAUACAUGUAUGGUACAUAUUGGGUGAAUCGUGAUGCUGAAAAACCUAAUUUAUUACCUAUGUGAAGAAAUGCCGCAAGAAACAAAUAAUAAUCAAACUGUAGUGUAGGGGAGUUGUAUAAAUGGGGAGAGUCUUAAUUUUAGUUUGGCUGUCAUGUAUAGCAAAUAGUAGAUACCCGAUGUGCGAAACAUGUAUUAAUAAAGAGCAUUUACAGCAGAGGGAACAUGUUUUUUGGAAACUGUAUUUUUUUUUUCAACACAUUAAGCCACUUGCUAUGACAAAAAUUGUAUACACUUGGUUGUACAUCAGAGAAAUUGUUUUAUUGCGUAGUAACAAUUGCUUUUGCUUUUGUCUUGCCCUUGCUGAAGUCAGUAUGGAGAGGUUAGUUAGGUCUACAUAGUAGAAAGACUAGAAAGUUAUAUAUAUAUUUUUUUUUUGUAAAUUACCAAGCAUUGUGGUGUGUAUUGUUGGAAGUGGAGUUGCAUGGCGUUGUAAGAGAUAAUACUGUGAGAAACCAUUAAAGGGUUUGCUUAGUCGAAUAGCUAAUGUAUGUGCAAAACUUCAUUCUGUUUACGAGAACCACUCAUUCAUUACUUUUAUUGGUUUUCUUCACGUAAUAUGUCAAUCCCCGCAUCACACUUACAAAAAUGGAUGGGGAAAAAAAAUAAUAAAAUAAAUAAUUUUGGGUGUGGUUUUUAUUGUACCUAGUGCUAAUGGCAGAAUAUUUCAUAUUUAGGAAAAGCAUAGCUGAAUAUGCAACUCUGAAGAGUCAGUUUUUGUUAGUAUACAUCAAACUGAUUAGUAAAAAUUUUCAUGUCACUGUUAAGGUACAUUUCUUGGACAUUGACAAUAAUAAAAAAAAGGACUUAGAAUUUUUUAAUUAAAAAAAAUAUAAUCAACCCAAAGCUAAGUUGCAAUAGCUUCUUAAUAGAGAAAGAAAAGAGUAAAUCUUAAGAUUAUUAUGUAGCAACAUAGAGGCAAUUUUAUCACUUUUAGCUAGGGCUAGAAGUAGGACAGCCCACAGAUAGAGCUAACGUUCGGUCAAAAUGAUAGUGUAUUUUUCCACUGUUUCAAAUGCCCAAGUUUGUUUUCGAAAACUGGCAAUAUGUGAUUUCCUAAAUUUAAAUACUUGUCUCGAAACCAUUUAUUGAAUUAAUUUUACCUAAAUUAUGUUUAGUUUAUUUUUUGACGAAUAUUUUUCUUUUAUUUUACAGAAAAUAAACUCAUAAAAUAUUUAACUUUCAAUUUCAAAAUGCAUUUUCAGCUGUUAAUUUUUAUGGGUCAAACCAUCACAUAUUUUAUAUUUAGAAUGAUAUAAAAAUAUAUAUUAAUUUAUAAUAAUAACUAUGUUUGGAAUUGAUAAAUUGUUUUUAAUUUUUUUAAAAAUAAAUAACACUUGUCAAAAUAUUACAAAUAAUGAAAUACAAACCACUGCUACUUUAGUUUUGAGGUUUUACUGUGAACUAUAUUGAUUAUUGGUAUUUUAAAUAAUACAAAUGAUAAUAAAACAGCUGCAUUUGGUCAUGUGAUUUAAAAACAUUAUAGUCGCUGUAUAUGAUUGUGAUGUGUAACAGCAGUAAGUGCAAAGUGCACUUUUAGAUGUUCUCAGUUCUAAAUGUUCAUCAGCAUGUUGUCUUGCCAGCCUUUUUGGACUGCCAUCGAAGACUGACAUACAUCAUUAUUAAAGUAGCUAAUUACAUCAACCCUUGAAAUUUGCAUAGAUUCUUGUCAAAUGCACUGGACAAUAUGUCUUACUCUUGUUUCUAGGGUAUUGGUACACACUGUCAGUAAACUCAUUCUGUUCUGAAGAUCUCUCUUUCCUAGUCAUUUUCAUAAUGUUUUUAUUUUGUUUGUUUGGUUUGUGAGAUAGGAUGCAAAGGCUUGGAAAAAGUAGGUAUUGCCAUGUGAGUAUUAUGGAAGUUUCCAAGUACAGUAUUUGUUUAAAUGUGUUUCUUUCGAAACUCUCUGCAUGUGGUGUGUUUCUUUCUGUAUUUUUUUGGUUCACUAUUCAAAAUGGUCUAUUGUAUUUUCUUAAAAUCAUGAUCAUAGCUGAUUAAUUAAAAGAUGUCACGACUUAUAUCAUAAAGUUUUACUGUAGUGUAAUUGUAUGCCUGUAAGUCCACUUCCUCACCCCCAUCCAAGAAGGUAAUAAAGGAUAAAAAUAACAUUAAACUGCGUGAAGUGAAACCAUUUUGAACAUAUUUCUCCCCAUUAUUUGCUGAGAUGCAGUAGAGAAUUUUAUUUUUCUGUGCAUUUUAUAGAGUAUUGAAUAUUGAUGUUCUAAUUUAUGAAGUAAGCUAGCUUUGUUUUAUGUAUUUAUUAUUAAAUUUCUGUGUAGGUUCUUGUGUGAAGAUUGCUUACACAAUGAUGAGAAUUGUACUUUGGAUGUAGCUCCAUAAAUGGGUGUACUGCAUCAACAGUUUUUAUAGUUUUUUUUUUGUGAUAAUGUGAGCUGUUUCUGAACACAGGUUCCUUGCAAGGUAUGAAGAUGAAAACUGAUUGUAAUUUUUUUCUAAAGAAAUUGCCACGGGCAUUAAAAAUACAAUUUUAGAACACCUGUUAAAGAAGUCUCAGAAACUACUUUCAGCCAAACAGCAAAUCAGCUAGUAAUGUUUCUUAUAACAUGUACUGUACACAUGGGAAAACAAGGUUGACAGUAUCUUUGCCCUUCAGAAAUUAAAAUGGGAGUUGCUACAUUUUUUUCCCGCAAUUAGUUUUAUAACAAUAAGCUGCAAUAUAUUUUUACUAUUAACAAGUACAUUGAAAUUAACAAAAACAGCUGGUCAUUUUGAAAUACUUUCAGGUAAUCUAUUUUCGCAAAAUUCAUACAUAAAUAAGUGUUGGGAAAUAAAUUUGAAUUGCCUGAGAAAUAGGAGAUUUCUUUAGAAAUAUGUUCUAAAAAUUUGUAUGGAAGGAUUAAUCCUUAGUAAUUACUUAAGGGGGGAAAAUAUGUAAAUAUUUUUUUUUAAUGUAAGGAAUCAAAUUAUUUACCAAGUGUUUGGAAACACUCUGCAUGUUUUGUACAAGUACAUCUCCAAAGUGUAUGUCAUCUGUUUAUUUUGACAGCGAUAUUGUGUUUAUGUUACAUUCAUGAAUACUUUGUCUGUGUCAUGCUGUUUUUAAAUGCUUGCAAGUUUUUCCAUUUAAGUUAUGAUAAGGGGUGAAUACAAUAAUUUUUCACGUUCACCUGCUCAAUAAACAAAUUUUCAGAUAUUGGGUUAUGCUGCAAGCUUGCAUGAAUAAAAUGUGAAAAUUGUAGGUUUUAUUUCUUGAGGGCACAUCAUAUAGUUUUCAAUAUCUAUUCCAGACAUGUCAGUAUGUGUUUGUUCCCUCACAAUUGUGGUUCAUGACACAGAUAGUCCUUGAUCAUAAUGUGUAUGUGAUAGGGAUGAUGAUCAUGAUUGUUUUACCUGGGUGUUCUUAGUCACUCUCCUCUACGUCGUCUGCCUUUUGAUAUAUCUCAAUGUCUCGCUUCAUCCACUUUCGUUCAAGCUGGUAGCUCAAUUACAGAGGCAGGCUUUCUCAUCACCAGCUGUGUUAGGCAAGACUAACAUGUGGACCUCGGGUUAGGCAUCAAAAUAUUUUUGUUUGGUAAAAACUAAAGCCAGUAUUGAGUGGCAACCGUGGAAAAAGUUGGUAGCAAUUUUCUAGCUAGUACGAAAGACCUACACACAAUUAAAAACUUUGGACAUGUGACUUUGCGGUGUGACAUUACGAUGGUUACCACCAUGUUGUUUCUUAAGGAGAAUUUUGCUAUCAACAUCGUAAAGUUAAAGUUAAUAACUCUUGUCUUUAUGAUUUCAAAAAUUUAAAAGUAAAGUUUAAUUCAUGGUCAGACUGUCAAGAACCAUUCACAGCCUAGCAAGCGAUUUGCUUAUGUGGCAUUAUCAAAAUAAAUUGUCGGACAAGAUUUGAUACCCUGGUGGGGUUAGAACCACAAAAGUAAAAGCAAAAUUCAUGUUUGUAUUGUGUAAACACACCUUAAUAACCUAAAAUCAGUUUGUAAAGUCUUAAAAAUAGUUUCAAUUGUUUUAUUUUUAAAUUUAAAUUAUGAAUAAUCUAUUAUAGUAGGUACAAUAAAUAUAUUAAAACAUAGCGUGUUGAUUCUAUUUUUUUUAUAACUACAUGAAAGUUUAACUGCUAUGUGAGAACUCACACUGCUAGCGAAAUGUGAAAUAUUAAUAAUUUUAUAAACAGAAACUUUACUUGCAUAAUUCCAGAUUGUUCUUGUCAUAAUUUAACAUUUAAGAAAUUUAUUGGCAAGCAGGUUUUGUUUCAUUCCAUAAUUUAAUUUAAUGCUAACUGACUGGUAUUACAUUUUGCUAACAUAGGGUGACCAGAUUUUUAAGUACACGAAGCAGCACACUCAACAAAAAAUAGUGGCACAUUUUAACAACUAAUUUUCUCUGAAAUAUAAUUUUCAUUUGAAUGAAUAACUCAUAUUUCAUCAUGAAAAGGAAGGCAGGUAUGGGAAAAAAUAAUCAUGAGAGAACUGGAGCCUACAUGCUCUUUAUGUUUUGAGGAACUACAUUUCUUAAACUGUAUUUAUCAUUGGAUGGUGGUUUGUGAUAAAAUCAGCACUUGGAAGGCUAAAUAAUAUUUCAUGAAAGUGUCAGUUUUUUUUUUUAAUUAACAGACAAUGCUGAGAAAUAAACUAGAAUAUCAUGCGAAAAGCAGAUCAUCUGGUCACCCUAUGCUGGCAGUUAUUGACAAAUACUACUGUAUUAUGCUAAAAUUGUACUAAGCCACACUUGGAUUGUAUAUGAUUGUGACUUUGUAAUUUAUUGAUGUGUAACAUCUUAGCUCUCGGUCUACUGCAUUUUGUGAAUGCGAAGGAAGUCGAGGAACAGAACUGUGUAACAACCAGGGUGCUGCCAUCUGUGAUGGAUGGCGUGAACCACAGUUCAUAAAGACAAGGGCAAACUUUAUAGUAUGAACUGUUUAGUGAAUUUUAACAAGAUGAGCAGUAUUUUGAUUAAAUUCUUUGUCGAAAAUCAGAUCCAAAGCAGGGGUUUAGUAUUUUUAAAUUCUUGUUUGCUUUUAUCAGAGCUGUUUUAUUUUAUAGUUUAACAUUUUGCUCUGCAAAUAAAAUUAUUUGAUAAUUGACGUAGCUGCUACUGCAGUAAAUUCAGCAUGUAUGGAAACUACUUGUGAUUUGCAUCCAGAAUUGUAGUUGAAAACACAAUAUGGAUAUAUUUAUCACACUCUGCAUUAUUUUAAAGAAUUCUUUCAAAAAUCAUAUUCAAGUUUCAUUUUUUAAGUGUGUUUGCAACAUGAGAAAACAUGAUUUUGCUUGUUUCCGAGGUUCGAUGUUACACAUCUCUGGCGAGUACUGAAAUACUCGCUCACUUUUUUUUAUUAUAAGCUCUGUAUUAUUCUAAAAUUCUCUUGUAUUAGAUUGUAAUAGAGUUCUGCAAUUCUAGUCUUUAGUGUGCCCAUGUUCGGUAGAAUGCUAAAUAAAUUAUUACGAUGUUAA